GAUCAAGAAAGAAAGGUUCAUCGAUCGAUAGAACAAUAGAAUGAGGUAUCACUACUAUAAAAGCACAGUUUGGUAAACAAACGAUAUAGUCAGACUCCCACUUUCUUCGGUGAUCAAUUUGACACUCCAACUUAUUCAAUUCGUCCAGAACAUAAUUCAUUUGCAGUUCCUUCGACAUACUACAACCCCUAUCAACAAUCAACUCCUCAUUACUAUGACUCUUAUAAUCCUGAGACCGAGCGUUUGGCUCGAGCUUCUCAACUGCGUCGUAAACGAUUGGAACGUGAACGUGAGUUAGAAAAAGAAGCCGAGUUUCAACGUGAGCUCUCUAGACUUCAACACCAUUCUGGACAUUAUAAUGACGCUCUUAGAGCUGAACGAGCCCGCCGUCUGGCACAAGCUCAAGAAAAGCACCGGGCUCAACGCCAACCAGAAGCUCAAUCAGAUCCCUCAGACCCUCAAGUCCAAGUCACCCUCCCCGAUGGCCGUCGCUGUGUUGUCCCUUUAUCAUGGGCCAAACGCAUGCAAGCCAAGCAUCCAUCCAUCUUAUCGGACAACAUGAUCACCAAGAUCCGAGAGCGUUCACCUUCUCCGCCUCCUGAAAAUGACCUAGUUUUGGCUGAGACCGACAACGAAAGCGAAUCUCACGAUAGCGACUUUUAUGCUCUUGAUCGAAGUCAAGAACCGUAUCCUCAUGUUCUUAAACCCUCGACAAUCCCGGUCAAAUCUUCACCGCCUGCAUUUUCUCUUCCUACCCAUCGUUCUCGUGACGAGCU